CAUGCUUUCAUUUUGUGAUCAAGCAUGACAUUUUAAAGAGUUGCAUUUAAACGAGAUACCAACGAUUCUCAUAAUCUAGGUACAGCUCCUAACAGUAUGUUGCCAACGUUUUAUUUACUCAUACAGUGUCUGUUUCUGGUUGAUUGGAAAUUAGUCUCAGCCAGCGGUUUGUGUGAAUCAUACCCAUGCCUGAACAAUGGUGUAUGUACAGAUACUUCUAAUGGGUACGAGUGCGAUUGUCAUAAAGGAUACUCGGGAGAACACUGUGAAGAUGGUGGCAUAAUAGAAGUGUCCGAAACUGAUUUUUACAAUUUUGCUCAGUUCGAGACUAACCAGGCAAAACUCUACAAGCAUUGUUUGAGACCACUCAACAACUUCAAGUUUUCUGUGAGAACAGAGAGAGAUGCCCACGUACUGCUUCAGACAUCAGCAGACGAUUUUGAAACGUCCGAAACUAAUUAUGUUGUUUACAUCGACGGAUGGGGAGGUACGCGCACUGUCAUCGUUCACGACAGAGAAGUUAGACUAGAUAUUUCAGGACUGCUAAGUGAAUAUGAAUACAGGGACUUCUGGGUAUCUUGGAAUGACACAACUAUAUCCGUUGGAAAAGGGGACAAAGUUGGUUCUGAAGUUUUCAUCACAUACACUGAUAAGCCUAGGUUAAUGGAAAUCAAGGGUGUCAGUUUCGGAACGGCGUGGUAUACCGCUGCUGAUUGGAAGUUUCCCAAAGCCUUAAAUGAGUGUGACGUAGAUCCUUGCGAUCAUUGUAAAGUGUGCGUUGAUGGUAUAUACAACUAUACAUGCAUAGAGUAAACCAGAGAAUGAUUCAAACGGAUGAAGACAUUAACUGAUGACUGACUUAUUGCUUUUUAUCUCACUGAUCAUUGCAGUUAGUAUAGAUCGUUGGCCCAGCGUCCCUCGUUCUGAAUCAUGCAUACGCAUUUUUCCUUAAACAUUUUCUGCUCUGAAACUUUUGUCCAGACUUACACCAAAACUAGGUUUGUAGCAUGCUGGCAAGUCGGUUCAAAUGCUUUCGUUGAUUUUAGGGGCUGCAGGAGCUAAACAAUUUCUAAACAACUUCUCAUGAACCGCUGGAUGGAUUUUCAUCAAACUUGGCCUGUUCAAAUUUGAACACUUAGUCCUGUUAGGGACAACAAGAGCUAAAAUUAGAAAUACCUUUCAAUGAAUUUUUCAAAUGAACCGCUUGAUGGAUAUUCAUCAGAUUUCAUCUAAGGUUCUCUACAUAUUUGGUUCAGAACUGGGACAUCUGGUUUUUGAAGUGACCACUGUUGCUAAACAAAAUAUUUAGACAAUUUCUUUUCAUGAAAAAACUGGACUGAUUCAUAUAAAACUUGGUUUGAA